GCGUGAGCUGGUACCGCAUCCCGAUGCUCGUGGCCACGCUCGGCGUCGUCAUUGUGGCUGCGUCGGCCGACGGGCUUCUCAUCGAGUACUCGCAGCGGGAGCCCAUUGUUACGCGCGGCCAGAUCAUGGUCAUGACGUACGCGACGACGGGGUCGGGCGGUCUCAACGCGCGCUUCUUCAACCAGUUUUUCCUCAACGGCAAGCGCUACGGCGGCACGUACGACUUCUCGGCCGGUCCCAACGUCGCCUAUUACUUUGCCAUCUCGAUGGCGCUGCUCGGUCUCGGCCUCGUCAUUGGUAUGUUUCACGACACCAAGCCCACGCUCACCAAGCAAGAAUCGUCGUCGUCGUCCCAGCGCUGGUCGUCGGGUCUCUGGAAGCUGCUGCACAACCGCGGCAUCGCGCAGCUGCUCGCGUUCCGCUUCGCCUUCAACCUCUUCUCAAUGAUCUCGGGCUCGCCAAUUUUAUCGUGGGUCACCCACCUCGACAUGGGCUGGAUCAACAUCACGCCGCGUCUCCUCUUCAUCUCGGCGACCAUGUACUACGGCCGCUUUGCGCUGCAGUGGAACUGGCGCCGCGUCCUCGCCGUCUCCACGUUUUCCAACAUUGUGCUCAUGGCCCUCGCCACGUUCUUUGUCGUCUGCGACGUCUCGCGCAACGCGUACCUCUACUCGGUGCUGCUCGUGCUCACGGGCAUUCCUGUUGCCGUCAUCAACCUCAUCAUGGGAUUUCUCAUGGUCGAGAUGGCCGGCGUCGGCUACGAAGCCGUCAUGGCGGGUCUUUGGGCCUCGAUCCGCGACCUCAACGUGCCGAUCGCUAACAAGGUGCGCUCGUGGCUCCUCGACGGCUUUCCCGCCACGAUGAGCUUGAAGAACGACGCAGAGACCAAGCAUCGCGUCGCCUACAUGCACCUUAUUGCGUUUGCGAUCCAGUUUAUCGGUCUUGUCUGGAUCAUCUUGCUGCCGUCACAGAAAAUCCCGCUGGCUCUGAUGAAGCAGCGCGGCGGCGCCACGUUAUUCGGCGUGCUUGUCGUGCUCGGCUACGUUGCGCUCAUGGCGUUCUCGUGGCAGCAAAAUCUCGAAUUAUAUUAAACAAAUACUCCUAUUUAAGACACUCCAGUACUGUCAUUGUAUCC